UAAAACUCAUAGAAUAAACUUAUAAUGGUCUCAGGUGUAGCUCAUACCUCCGUGUCGCUUUACACCUGAAGUCUUGUCCAUCCUGGAUUAUUUAUGGAUGAGUCUUCCUGUAUGUAUGCUCCUGACUCAGGCUCCCUCCGUGCGUUUCAGUGCCUUGACCGACUCCUCAUCAUGCUGCCCGGGAGAGCGGCUGACGUGCGGUUGUGCGUCCUGACGCGCCGCUGGCUGCCCGCGGCUCUGGCGCUGCUGCUGCUCCUCUCCUGCAGCUUCAGCAGCGCCCACAGCACCACGGUGGAACACGACUUCCACAUCGUCCACAACGUCGACAACAGAAGUCCAGAAAUAGAUCCAUUCUGGUACGUGGGCCGUGGGGUCAGACCCAUCGGCCGUUUCGGGAAGAGGGACAGCGUGGAAGUACUGGGCAGCAGAGGGAUGCAGCCCGUCGUCAGGACACUGGAGCUGCUCCUCAACAGCCUCAGAAACAAGGAGGACCUAGAGAAAGUGCUGGAGGGAAAGGACCAGGAAUGGUUACCAUGACAAUAUGUCCUCUCCGUUUUCUAUCCUGACUCUUCUGCUGUGGCUCUUGACUGCAUUUUCUGACACUGUCUGUUAUGAGGCCUAAGAUGGCUGACGAAAUCACCUCCAAAUGUACAUAAAAAUGUAAUCUAUAUUGAUUAAUAAACCAGAAUGCUGUGAUUGUA